AUGGCAAGCAAACGGACAAUUCAAGAAUGGAGACAUGCAGUCGAUGUGUUAAAUUCAUAUGCCGCUGAGUUUUCAGGUAUGGAAGACAAAAUCCUCCCGCUUUUGAAGUAUAGCUACGAUAAUAUUAAAGAGGAGGAUGUCAAAUCUUGUUUGCUGUACUGCGCUUUAUUUCCAGAAGAUGAUAACAUUAUUAAAGAAACAUUGAUAGAAUAUUGGAUAUGCGAAGGGAUCAUAGAUGCAAGUGAAGGCAUCGAAAGGGCAGAGAACAAGGGUUAUGCGAUAAUUGGUAGUCUGGUUCGUGCAUCAUUGCUGAUGGAGACUGGAUUGCCUGAUAUGAAACUUUUGCGUAUGCAUGAUGUUGUUCGUGACAUGGCCUUGUGGAUCACAUCUGAUUUGAGACCACAAAAGGAAGCUUACAUUGUGCAUGCAGGUGUAGGAUUAAGUGAAAUGCCAAAUGUUAUUGUGAGAAGGAUGUCAUUGAUGAAUAACAAGAUUCUCCAUCUUGCUGGCAGUCCUGAAUGUAUUGAACUGACAACUUUUCUCAUGCAACAUAACCUUUUGGAAAAUAUUUCGAGUGAAUUCUUCAAGUCCAUGCCAAAGCUUGCUGUUUUGGAUCUAUCAUAUAAUGACAAGCUCUCAAGAGUCCCCGAAGGAUUAUCAAAACUAGUUUCCUUGAAGUAUCUCAACUUGAAUCGAACGGGUAUACGUCAUUUACAUAUUGAUCUCCUACAAGAGUUGAAAAAGCUAAUUAGUUUGGAGCUGCCUAAAUGUACGAGUGUUGCUGGAAUAUCAAGGCUGCAUAAUUUGAAAAUAUUAAAAUUAUAUUUUCCGAGGGAUGUUGGCACAAUAGAGGAGUUGGAAACCUUGGAACAUUUGGAAGUUUUAUUCACAGCAUUCGAGGAUCAUCCUCUACCUCUGUGGGAGAAAUAUUUGAGUUCUCAUAGGUUGACGAGUUGUACGCGAGGAUUAGGUAUAAGGAAUAUGAAACUGGAAUCAUCUGGAGUAUCACUUCCGGUAAUUAUGGACAAGCUUCGUAUUUUCCGCAUGGAUAACUGCAGAAUCUCUGAGAUAAAGAUAGGAACAAUAUGCUUCUCCAGCCUCUCUUUCGUGAUUCUAAUAAAUUGCAAAUGCCUCAAGGAAUUGACGUUUCUUAUGUUUGCUCCAAAUCUUAUAUUUCUGGUAAUUCAGAAUGGAAUAGAUGUAGAAGAUAUAAUAAACAAAGGGAAAGCUUUCAGAGGUGGAAUUGAAUCAGGGACUGUUCCUUUUCAAAAGCUGAAUCGUCUUGCGUUGAUUAAUGUACCAGAGCUGAAGAAUAUAUAUUGGAAUCCUCUACCCUUUCCACGCCUACAGGAUUUGGUAGUAAAGGGAUGUCCAAAUCUAAAAAAGCUUCCACUCAACUCCCAAAGUGGGAAGCAGGGUGAAGAUGGACUCAUCAUAAUGUAUGGGGAGAGAGAAUGGAUUGAAGGUAUAGAAUGGGAGGACCAAGCAACCAAAACCCAUUGA